AUGGGCGCUCUGCUCUCGCUCCCGCUGCUGGCGGUCCCCAGCAUGGGCACUAUUCUGUCCGUAGGAGCUAGCUGCUGCGGCGCAGCCACCUGCUCGAUGGUCUGCAGCGCCUGCGGCAAGUGCGGCAACAGUGUCGCAACCCGUCUCGCAUAUGCUCUCAUCCUCCUUGUCAACUCGAUCCUGUCCUGGAUCAUGCUCACGCCGUGGGCCAUCGAGAAGCUCAACCAUCUUACCCUCGACUACGUCAAGAUCAACUGCCCGGAUGGCAAAUGCCACGGCUGGCUCGCCGUCCACCGCAUCAACUUUGCCCUGGGCAUCUUCCAUCUACUGCUUGCCGGUCUCAUGUUCGGAAUCACGUCGUCCAAGAACCCCCGUGCCGCCAUCCAGAACGGAUACUGGGGUCCCAAGGUCAUCGCUUGGCUUGCCUUCAUCGUUCUCUCGUUCCUCAUCCCCGAUGCGUUCUUCCAGGCAUGGGGCAACUACAUUGCAUUCUUCGGCGCCAUGCUGUUCCUCAUUCUCGGUCUCAUCCUCCUCGUCGACCUGGCUCACAACUGGGCCGAGUUCUGCCUCGAAAAGAUCGAAAACACGGAGUCACGUGUCUGGCGUGUUGUGCUCAUCGGAUCUACGCUCGGCAUGUACGUCGCCUCGCUCGUCAUGACCAUUGUGCAGUACAUCUUCUUCGCCAAGUCUGGUUGCUCGAUGAACCAGGCAGCAAUCACCAUCAAUCUCCUCUUCUGGCUCGUCAUCUCCUUCGUCUCCGUGCACCCAACGGUCCAGGAGUACAACCCCAAGGCUGGUCUUGCGCAGGGUGCCAUGGUCGCGGUUUACUGUACAUACCUCACGAUGUCUGCCGUCUCCAUGGAGCCUGACGACAAGAACUGCAAUCCGCUUCUCCGUGGUCAAGGCACGCGCACAACUUCGGUCGUGCUCGGCGCCAUCGUCACGAUGCUGACCGUUGCUUAUACCACAACCCGGGCUGCCACUCAGAGUCUGGGUCUAGGCAACAGCAGAGGAGGCAUCAAGCUCCCCGAGGACGAUGAGCACGACCUGGUGACGCAGCAGCCUGGCCGCCGCGAGAUGAGAGCCGAAGUACUCAGACGAGCCGUCGAGGAAGGCAGUCUCCCAGCCGAUGCGCUCCUGUCUGACGACGAAGAUGAGGACAACAGCGGCAACACCAAGCACGACGACGAGCGAACAAGGACGCAGUACAACUAUUCCGUCUUCCACAUCAUCUUCUUCCUGGCCACUUGCUGGGUCGGCACGUUGCUGACGGGAGCCAUGGAGGGCGACAGGCAUCCAGAUGACUUGAGCAAUAACCACGGGUUCGCCACCGUCGGUCGGACAUAUUGGGCAAGCUGGGUCAAGAUUGUCAGCGCCUGGUUGUGCUAUCUUAUGUACAUCUGGACACUUGUUGCGCCCAUCGUCAUGCCGGACCGCUUCGACAUGGACUAG